UCACGCAUCUAUUGUACUUUUCUCAUGUCCUCAGAUGUAGCUACUGCUCUUUAACAGUGGAGGUAUUAUUAAUAUUAGACGCAUAUGCAUGCAUUCACACAUGGAUUCUGAUGCUGGUUUGAAGAAACCCUGAGGCUUUGAGAUGCUUGAUUGUCCUGCCUCAUGUCUGGACGUGUUCAGCCUGUGAUCACUCUUUUCAUGCUUCAUUCAUUUAUAUUCUGAGUUAUGAUCUCAUUUUACAGAGAACAGCUCAUGUUUUCCUGGAGAGAAGUUUAUGAGCACUUAGCCAUUUUAUUUGAAUAUUGUUGAAUAUUGCUGGAGAGGUCUGAUAUCAUUUUAUUUGACUAGAACAACUGAGCAAAUUGAAAUGACCCUUUGAAAGUCUGACUGCUGUUUUAUUCCUAUGCUUGUUUUGCCUUUUACUUCCAGGCAUUGUCCUUUUAACAAAAGGCUCAUUGGCUCUGUUUGACUCUCCAUUGUGCUGUAGCUCCUGGUGGUCCCGGUGUGGGUCUCCAGACGUCUACAGGGUGUUUACCGUAUGUAGUUAGUCUUUUAUUAGUCCAGACAGAUGAAGUGGGUUUUUAUGGAAAUUUCUAGUGAAACCGUUCACAACACGCCUGCAGACGUCCAGCACACCUGGACCAUUUCCUGAGUUUCUCAUCAUGCCAAACUGGGGUGGAGGAAACAAAUGUGGCGCCUGCCGCGGGACGGUGUACCACGCUGAAGAGGUCCAGUGUGACGGGGGCAGUUUUCACAAGUGCUGCUUCCUCUGCAGCUGUUGCAAAAAAGGGUUAGACAGCACCACACUGGCCAUCCAUGACCAGGAAAUCUACUGCAAGUCCUGCUACGGUAAAAAGUACGGCCCGAAAGGAUACGGCUACGGUCAGGGAGCAGGAACGCUCAACAUGGACCGCGGUGAGAGACUGGGCAUCAAACCAGAAGAAACCCAGACUCACCGGCCCAGCACCAACACAAACCCGUCCAAGUUUGCGCAGAAGUUCGGCGGCUCGGAGAAGUGUGCACGCUGUGGAGAGUCUGUGUACGCUGCUGAGAAAGUGAUGAGCGCUGGGAAGCCGUGGCAUAAGAACUGCUUUCGCUGUGCCAAAUGUGGAAAGAGUUUGGAGUCCACCACUCAGACGGAGAAAGAUGGAGAAAUCUACUGCAAAGCAUGCUAUGCAAAGAACUUCGGACCCAAAGGAUUUGGAUACGGUCAGGGAGCAGGAGCUCUGGUUCACGCUCAAUGAUAGACAGGACUUUGUACAUUUCUUUACUAUUGUAACACUACUUUCAAAAGAAGAAAAAGACAAUUGAGUGUUAUUUUCAUGACAAUUAAACAAUUAAUCUCCAA